GUUUGUGGGGGCUCACAUUACAUGCCACGCUUGUUUGUUAUUGUUUGUUAUUUCUUCGUCAUCGUCUACCCCCGCGUCACACCUGAAGGCGCACGUCCACAUUCGGUCUGUUUUAAAAGCGGUGACUUUUAAAUGUGCGCAUUUGGGUGAAAACGCCAACGGACAAUACUGAAAACCACCUGAAUCCGCGCGGACCCGCUCCGUGUUCACUUCAGAACUUCAAAUUGCACUUUGAGUGUGGUCCGUGUGACCUGACCUCCACCGUAUAAUGUGGUAUGUUGUGAAGACGGGGCCGGGGUUAACCCGCCGGACGGGGUUCAACUUGGGACCAAAUUUGAAAAGACUGAACGCAAUACGACUUGGCUCCAGCGUCGCCGCGACCGGAGCUGUGAGGGACACCGCGCGUCCUAAGCCGCCGUGGGAGCGACCCUCCCGGCGAGGAAGAGGCGACGCAUGUCCAGCUGCUGGCGUCUCCGUGGACUUCGAGCACACACGGGAGGCAUACAAGAGCAAGGACUCUUUAGAGCUCCUCAGAAGUCUAGUGGUGUUUAAGCUCUGCUCCUAUGACAUCCUGGUGGAUAAGAAUAAAGAGAUAAUGGACCUGGGUAAGAAGGUUAUGGGCCAGCGGGCCUUCGAGCAGCUGAUGAAGAUGACGUUCUACGGCCAGUUUGUGGCGGGGGAGGACCACCGCGCCAUCAGGCCCCUGCUGCAGAAGAACCAGGCCUUCGGGGUGGGCUCGGUGCUGGACUACAGCGUGGAGGAGGACCUCAGCCCGGGGGAGGACCAGGAGGAUGUGCUGCGCCCAUACGUUUCCACCGAGGGGAAGACUAACACGGGGGCAGACCACAGACAAGGCAAACACGGAAUGAACACGCAGUGUGGAGAGCGUCGCGGGGAAUCCUGUGAAGCCCCCACUUAUUUCUAUGCUGAUGAAGCCAAGUGCGACCGCAACGUGGAGACCUUCCUCGAGUGCAUCCGAGCAUCUGGUGGGGGCGCCCUGGAAGGCUUCUCCGCCAUCAAGAUGACGGCGCUCGCGCGGCCUCAGUUCCUGCUCCGGCUCUCCGAGGUUCUGGUGAAGUGGCGCAGAUUCUUCAGCUUUCUGGCGGCUCAGCAAGGAUACGGCAACAGGGAGGCCUUGGAGCAAAAUCUGGAGCUCAAACAACUGCAGGAGUUUCUCAGCAGAUUGGGAGCAGAGGGGGACGUCCACAGCUGGUUCACUGACACCAUGCAGAGCUCGUCUGGCACCAUCGACAGGCUGGACUGGGACAUCCUGAUCGACAGCAGAGCCGACACAUCCCACCUGCUGGUCGUCCCAGACGUCGGGAAAGGGGAGCUGGUGCCUCUGUUGGACCGCUUCACGGCUGAGGAAGAGCGGCAGAUGAAGAGGAUCCUGCAGCGAAUGGACGUGUUGGCUAAGCACGCAGAGGAGAACGGUGUUCGCCUGAUGGUGGACGCAGAGCAGACGUACCUUCAGCCGGCCAUCAGCUACCUGACCCUGGCGAUGCAGAGGGUCUACAACGGCCAGAAGCCCCUCAUCCUCAACACCUACCAGUGCUACCUCAAGGAGGCGUUCACCAGCCUGAGCGUGGACCUGGAGCGCUCGCGCCGCCAGGGCUGGUGCCUGGGGGCCAAGGUGGUGCGGGGGGCCUACAUGCACCAGGAGAGAGAGCGGGCCGCGCUGCUGGGCUACGAGGACCCCGUCCACCCCGACUACCAGGCAACCAAUCUCAUGUACCACAGGUGUCUGGACCUCCUGCUGGAGGAGAUCUCACUCAGCAGGAAGGCCAAUGUGAUGGUGGCAAGUCACAACGAGGACACCGUGAGACACACUCUGAGAAGGAUGAAUGAGCUAGGCCUGGCUCCAGCGGAGGGGAAGGUCUCCUUCGGCCAGCUACUUGGCAUGUGCGACCAGAUCAGCUUCCCACUGGGGCAGGCGGGCUUCCCGGUCUACAAGUACGUCCCCUACGGGCCCGUGAACGAGGUGAUGCCCUACCUUUCCCGGCGGGCCCAGGAGAACCGGGGCUUCAUGAAGGGAGCCGAGUGGGAGAGGGAGCUGCUGCUCAAGGAGCUGAAACGCCGACUGGGCUCGGGGGAGAUCUUCCACCGGCCGGUCUUCUAGAGCGAUCUUCUAGAGCGACCUUCUAGAGAUGUCUUCUAGAGUAGUCUUUUGGGGGGUUUCCUAGAGGGAUCUUCUGGAGAGAUCUUCUAGAGAGGUCUUCUUGAGAGGUCCUCUAGAGAGGAUCUUUAUAGAGGUCUUCUAGAGGGUUAUUUAGAGACAUCUUCAAGAGAGGUGUUUCUGGAGAGGUGUUCUGGAGAGGUCUUCUAGAGCUGCAGAGAAGAGAGAGAGAGAGAGAGAGAGAGAGAGAGAGAGAGAGAGAGAGAGAGAGAGA